CAUCUUACUACAAUUUCAGUAAACAACUUUCUUGUAGUUUCUUAAAUUAAAAUCAAAGAUGUUUCAAGUUUCGUUAUCUCCAUGAUGUCAGGUCUUAUGAUAUUUGUAUGAUCGUGUCCUGUUGCAGUUUGUGCAAAACGAUUAUGAAUUUUUAAAGGACCACAGGACAAGUAUAUUGAAUAGUCACAGUAUUGUAAUUUUAGGCUUAGGGCCUUAGACUAGUUUUUAAUUUUAGAACAGAAAUGUCUGUUAUUCUUGAAACAACGCUAGGUGACAUAAUAGUUGAUCUUUAUACUAGUGAAAGACCAACAUCAUGUUUAAAUUUUUUGAAACUAUGUAAGAGUAAAUACUACAACUUCACUUUGUUUCAUAAAGUUGAACGCAACUUCAUUGCACAGACUGGUGACCCAAGUGGUACUGGUAGAGGUGGAGAAUCUGUGUUUUGCCGGUUGUAUGGCGAACAAGCAAAGUUCUUUGACGCUGAAACAAAGCCAAGAAUUAAGCACCGCAAACUAGGAACAUUAUCGAUGGUGAAUAAUGGUAAUAAUAUGCAUGGUUCUCAGUUUUUCCUUACGUUAGGUGAAGAUUUGGAAUAUCUUGAUGGUGUACAUACUGUGUUUGGGGAAGUCACUGAAGGAAUGGAUACUCUGAUGAAAAUUAAUGAAGUUAUAUGUGAUGAAGAACAUAGGCCAUAUCAGGACGUUCGACUAACACACACAGUUAUUCUCGAUGAUCCGUUUGAUGAUCCUCAUGGAUUGGAAAUACCAGAUCGUUCUCCAGAACCAACCAAAGAACAACUCAGCAGUGGGCGAAUUGGUGCUGAUGAAGAAAUUGAUGAUACUAAAGGAAAGAGUAUGGAAGAAAUUGAUGAAGAAAUCAAAGAUAAGACUGCUAAAGCUCAAGCAAUAGUACUGGAAAUGGUGGGUGAUAUUCCAGAUGCUGAUGUGAAACCUCCAGAAAAUGUGCUUUUUGUAUGUAAAUUAAAUCCAGUAACAUCUUCAGAAGACUUGGAAAUAAUUUUUUCACGGUUUGGCCCAAUAAAAAGUUGUGAAGUUAUUAAAGACAGAAUAACGGGAGAAUCAUUGCAAUAUGCUUUUAUUGAAUUUGAAAAUGAAAGAGAUUGUGAAAAUGCUUACUUCAAAAUGGAUAAUGUGUUGAUUGAUGAUCGACGCAUACAUGUAGACUUUAGUCAGUCUGUAGCAAAGCUGAAGGAAGAAUCAGUGCAAAGAAAUAAGUUAGAAAAAGAAGUCAGACCAAAAUAUUCACUUAAAGAUAAAUCUUCAAUACAAAAGGAUACUUCGUAUGAAUUAAUAUUUGAUGAAAGUGUUAAUGUUAGUCCUAAGUUAAACUCAAAGAAAAAGAAAAAAAAACACAAAAGACUUGGAAGCUCAGAUGGUAGUGACAAAGAAGUCAGAAAUAGAAAACACAAGACAUAUGAUUAUUCAAGAUCAAAAAGUGGUAAAAAACUGAAGCACCAUUAGUUUAAACCAUUCACAGAUGUAUUUGUUAAAAAAGAAAACCAUACACAUAUGUAUAUAAACAAAAUGGAAUUAAAUGAAGAAAAAUGUAUAAAUUAUUUGAAAGUGAAUUGAAAUAUACCAUUUUCCAUAAAUAAACAAAAAAUACUAAGUUGAAAUUGUACAAGAAGUAAAAUUAACUAUGUAGAACUGUAAUUUUUUAUAUUUAUAAUGUUUGGUAUUUGUGUAUUUUUCAGCAAAUGUAAAAUUUGUCAAAGCAUUUGUAAGAAUAUUGAAUAUAAGGAAAUUAUAAAAUAAUUUUUUCAAUAUAUUAAGUAUAGAUAAGAACAUCAAAAAAUGA